UCUGUUAAACCCUUAUCUUCCUCGUGGGCUCGGGCCUCCAGCUUCUCCCCCUCGACCUCGGGCCAAAGGUUCUAGAACCUUCUAGACGCCUCGAUCGCACCACGCCGCGCCCCUCCCGAUGGCGCGCCUCCAUCUCCUCCUCUCCCGCGCGCUCGCAUCGCACCACCUUCUCCCUUGUUCGACCGCUUCCGGCCUCCGCCCCACUCCGCGGCGGCCUAUCCCUCCCCACUCCCCGCCGCCUUUUUCUCCUCCACAUGGUCAUACCCUGCCCCCCUUCGCAGCCGCUGCGUCGCGGCAAUACGCCGCAUCGAGCUUCAGGAUAAGGCGCUCGUCGGCGCCGCCGAUGUUACUGAGGCGGAGGAAGGCGAGGAGGCCGACGCGGAAGGCCCCCGGCGAGCUCAUUGUGCAAAUUGGCAUCGAGGAGGACCUCCCCGACGAUCCUGAGAUCUUGAGCAUUGCGGAAACACUCCAAACUGAUGUUGGGAAGGCGGUGAAGGUGGCCUUCGACAAACUUGAAGGCUCUGAGUACAGGACCAGAGAUACUUCUAUCAGCAACUUGAACAAGUACAAUACCAUCGAGCUUUCUCUGCUGCUUUGUAAUGAUAAUUUCAUCAGGAAGCUGAACAAAGAAUGGAGGGAUGUGGAUCAUGCUACUGAUGUUCUGUCAAUGUCACAGCAUAUCCCGGGGCUCGAUAUUCCCAUUCUGCAGUUGGGUGACAUAGUAAUUUCUGUUGAAACAGCACAGCGGCAAGCAGAAGAAAGAGGUCACACAUUUCUUGAUGAGAUCAGAAUCCUCGUGGUGCAUGGACUGUUGCAUUUAUUGGGCUUCGAUCAUGAACUCAGCGAAGACGCUGAAGAAGAGAUGGAGAAGGAAGAAGAACAUAUAUUAAAUACUCUUGAGUGGAGAGGAAAGGGAUUAAUUAAGAGUGCAUAUGACAUAGCUAGCGAUAUGGCACAUUUACAAAGUUCUGCUGGGAUUGACCUGUUGUGUACAGAGGCCAAUAACAAUAUAGAGAAAGUGAGCCUAAAAGAGGAACGUCGACCCAAAUUGAUCCAUAUGAUUUGUGAUAUAGAUGGUACUUUUGUGGAUUAUGAAGGACGCUUGCAUGAAGAAUCCAUAGAAUCUUUGAGAGAGGCAAUUGCAACAGGAGUAAAUGUUAUCAUGGUUACUAGAAAGAGCCGGAUUUCCACCAUCAGAACCUUCAAGCAUCUUGAUUUCCAUGAUAAAGGUGAUUUUCUAUCAGAGACAUCACCUGGUGUAUUUUUGCAGGGUUCACUUGUCUAUGGAAGGCAUGGCCAAGAAGUUUAUAGAGCGGAAUUGGAUGUGGAUAUCUGCAAGGAGGUACUUCUGUACUCCUUGAAGCAUAAAAUUCCUGUUGUUGCAUACUGUGAGGAACAAUGUUUGACCUUGUUUGAACAUCCAUUUGUUAACUUGCUGCACAUUGUGCAUCAUGAGAACAAGGUAAAAGUGAUGCAUUCUGUUGAGGAACUGCUGGAAUAUUAUUCAUCUAUUCAGAAGUUGCUACUCUUUGACAGUGCUGAAGAGGAUUCAUCUGUCCUGAGGCAGCAUUGUUCAGAACUGACUGAAGGGAAAGCACGUGUUCUCAAAAUGCAGCCAAAUACAAUUGAUAUUGUGCCACUCAAUGCUUCGAAGGGUGGUGGUAUAAGAAUUCUACUUGAUCAUCUUGGAAUAACAGAAGAUUGUGAUCUUGACAUAGUUGGAGACUAUACAAGAUGGCUGAGCAAUAUGUGAUUCAACUGAAAACAUUACUGGAACUUUCUUAAGAAAAAACAUGGCGAUUCGGAGCAUUAGAUGUUAAAGAAGCAACCGUAUGCAUGUCAUGCACCAAAGAUACAUAAUUACCACUUUGGAAGUUUUUAUAUUAGGAGGGGGCGCUGAAUGGCAACCUAAAUAUUUCAUUCAGAUCCUUUGUUGAGAUGCAUGAAAAAGAGAAUGGAAUGAGCCACAGCCAUAUGGUUUGCUGCCACUAUAUGAGUGUCUGUUGUUGCUAGUUCUUGACAUUACUCUCGCAGCUGAACCAUUUGAGGCCCUCUUUGCUAUCACCUUGUUGCAUGGCCUUGGUCUUGAACACAUGUAGCAUCAGAUAUUGAUGUGAAUGAUUGGGACUUUCCUUGGUAGUACUUGGACAGCCCUUUCCUGUGGAAAUUAAAUUACGUUUAUUCAAUUUUUCAGAAAAUGUACAAAUUGAAGUAAACUCAGUUGCAUCCUUAUAAUGGAUUGUGUGCAAAGGGGAUCCUCUCUGGCUCAAGUGAUCGUGGGGCAAAUAUACUCACCUGACUGGAAGCUGGGCUAGCAGCGAGGACAAAUCAUAUACUGGACCCUCGUCAUCCAGCUGCAAAGUGCUCGAAGAUGCUGAGGAUGGCUCAUAGUCAUGGGGAUGACCAGAUGGGCAUGAUGCUGCAUCAUCAGACAGAUUUGAAGCUGAUGAGUACAAGGACCCGCUGGAUGCACCUGAGAAGGAAGCAGACUCAGAGGGAUCACCACCUUGUUCAUUGCAGCUAUCGUCCUGACACAAGAAUAACCUAUGCGAUGGUAAAUUGCAAGGCUCUGCCAUUUCAUGUGAAGCUCUGCUCAAUGUUUGGAACUUGGAAGGCAAAGGGACGCAGCAUAUGUUGAUAUAUAGAGACGUAGGAAGAGAGCUGUUCAAACGGGUAGAUAGAUAGGCAUCUAGUUUUAUCAGAUAGGCUUCAUCAACUCGGCGCCAGAGAGAAGGAAGAAAUUGACAUCAGCCACAGUUAUUUUGGGUAGAUCAUUGGUAGCCUGAUGGGGGAGCAGGGGGCGCUAGUUGACGAUCGUGCGCCGCGGCAACAAAGCAGCGAACGAGCGCCGGAGCUAGCAAGCAGCGCACGUGCAGUGCCAGUGGUAGUACUGAACGAGCAUUUGACUUACUCUAGUGUUACAGUCUGUCGCUACUAGUUUCGUGCUCUA